GAGCUUCCUCAAAACACAGGGCUAUGUGCGAGGAUAAAGUGCAUCAGUGCGGGGACAGCCAGCCUAGGGGGCACUUCCGAGCAGGCGGAGAGAAGCGAGAAACAAAGAGAAGGGAGGACAUGAGCGAAGGCGAAGGGAGGGAGCAGAGGAUCAGCUGAGUUCAAUCCCGCCGGGAAAGCUCUUCCCCUCCGGCACAUCCCUGAGAGGCGCAGGGACAGGUUUCCCCCCCGCCCCUUCCCCUCUUUGGUCGAGAAGACAAAGGAUCGAGUGGCCCCAUGGGGAAAGGGGGUGAGCAAGGGGGGGAUUCGGGGGAGCCGGCGGCGCAGAUCCGCUUCUACACCUGGGACGAGAUCCAGAAGCACAACCUGAGGACGGACAAGUGGCUGGUGAUAGAGCGAAAGGUUUAUAAUGUCACCAAGUGGGCAAACAGGCACCCGGGGGGCCAGCGAGUGAUCAGCCACUGCGCCGGCGAAGAUGCCACGGAUGCAUUCCAGGCCUUCCAUAUCAAUCCCACCUUGGUGCAGAAGUUUCUCAAGCCGCUGCUUAUUGGAGAACUCGCUCCAGGGGAGCCCAGCCAGGACCGAGACAAAAACUCCCAGCUGGUGGAGGAUUUCCGGACCCUGCGGAAGACAGCGGAGGACAUGAACCUGUUCCGAGCCAGCCCCUUGUUCUUCUCCCUUUACCUGGGCCACAUCCUUGCCAUGGAGGUUUUGGCUUGGCUCAUGGUUUCCUACUUCGGGACCGGCUGGAUCACAACCCUCAUCCUUUCCUGCAUCCUUACAACUUCCCAGGCCCAGGCAGGGUGGCUGCAACAUGAUUUUGGACACCUCUCUGUCUUCAAGAAGUCUUCCUGGAACCACAUUGUCCACAAGUUUGUCAUUGGACACCUGAAGGGUGCCUCUGCAAACUGGUGGAACCACCGCCACUUCCAGCACCACGCCAAGCCCAACAUCUUCCAGAAGGACCCAGAUGUGAACAUGCUGCACAUUUUUGUCCUGGGAGACACACAGCCCGUUGAGUACGGCAAGAAGAAGCUAAAGUAUCUGCCUUACAACCACCAGCACGAGUACUUCUUCCUCAUCUUCCCGCCUCUGCUCAUCCCUGUGUAUUUCCAAAUCCAAAUCAUCUCGACCAUGAUCAAGCGCAGGUUCUGGGCGGACCUGGCCUGGGCCAUCAGCUACUACCUGCGCUACUUCAUCACCUACAUCCCGUUCUAUGGCGUCCUGGGAUCCCUGUGUCUCCUCACGUUUGUCAGGUUUCUGGAGAGUCACUGGUUCGUGUGGGUCACCCAGAUGAAUCACAUUCCAAUGGAAAUUGAUUCUGAGAAGCACAGAGACUGGCUGAGCUCCCAGAUGGCAGCGACCUGCAACAUUGAGCAGUCCUUUUUCAACGACUGGUUCACCGGGCACCUGAACUUCCAGAUCGAGCACCACCUGUUUCCAACGAUGCCACGGCACAACUUCUGGAAGGUGAAGCCUUUGGUGAAGUCAUUAUGUGCCAAGUAUGGAGUCCAGUAUGAGGAGAAGCCUCUUGGGAAAGCGUUCGUAGACAUCGUUGGGUCCCUAAAGAAAUCUGGAGAUCUCUGGCUGGAUGCUUAUCUCCAUAAGUGAUCAUGAAUCUUUCUGGGGAGGUCUGCUCCUGCUGCAGGCCCAGGAAACCUGUUUAAUCCCAGGCAAAUUUAAAAUGUGCUCCAGAGGCUGGAAAGCGAGGCCAGCAGUGCAAGGAACGGAAGAUUGGGAGAGGAUGAUGAUGGAUGUUUAAAAAAGGGGCAUUAAUAUCUGACCUUGAUCUUCUUUUCACAAGAUUCGUUCUCAUCCUGCCUAAACCACACAAACCUUGAGUCACACCUAAGGGAUUUUAGGCCUCAGUUUGCAAUCCAAGGACACCUCAGCCAGCUCAUGCCUCUUUCCCAUGUUUGUAUGAAAGAGGAUUCACAUCCCACGGGACUGGCAGCUGCUGGACUGCUCUUCCAGCCUUGUCCAGAACCCAGCUCGCUCCUUUCCCUGCCUCCUUCCCUUCUCUAAUCAUAGCAUCCCUUUAGUGCAAGCUGUGACUCUGGCCCUGCACAGCUAACCCCUAACCAUAGCAGGGUUAACGAUAGCCGUGGUUUCAGGAUUGGCCCCUCUUCCCAGGGGUCGGUAGAAGAUUUCUGGGUUUAAACAGCAAAACGUCUCCUUUAGGAGAGGGUCUGUUUUCUCUUUAACGAGCAUAGCGAAUUGCCAGUAAAUCACACAAAAGACCAAAACAAUCACACAAGCAAAACGCGCUAAUUGCUCCUCGGUGCUCCAGGGAAGCCACAAAUGGCCCUUCCACCAUCCUGCCCUGCAGGAACCCAGAGUUCUGCCUGUCUGCAUAAGCCUGGCAGGCACCGAGCCUCUUCCUGCCCGCCCAGGCCAGGAGCCAUGGCACUGUUCACCCUUCCCUUCGGAACAAUCACAGGAGGAAAGUUCUCCCUGCAAAAGGAGGAGCUGCUCCAAGAAUCCCAGCUGGAAUCAGCCCUGCCCAGGCCAUGCUGCUGAUGUGAGACCUUUGGAGAACCCUCUCCCAAGUUGUCUAAAACUCAAUCUUCUGCCCAGCGCCUAAUUACCAAAAUUCACUAAUGGCUUAUCGGGAGAUAUGGUUGGACAGCUUCCAGGUGCUUCUGGAAGAGGUAACCUGACCCCAGAUAAAUCCAGGGGUUCAGCUGCAACACAGCAGAAGAUUUAUUUGGUUUAGGACAAAGGGCUGUGGUUCCAAAAGCAGCCUCCAGCUCCAGCAUCACCUCGGUGCUCCCUGGAAACACCAGGAAGGAGACUUUGGUUACUUUGCACGCCUCAUUACUUCCCUCAACUCUGAAACUGGAUCUUCUCUAUCAAAUCCCUGAAUCCUAGCAGCAUCCCAGGGAAUCAGCAAGGUGUUUCAUCGUGAACAGAGACGACUCUGGGACUGUGGCCAGCGUUGCAAAAAAAAAUAAAAAAAAAUGUACUCCCUUCCCUGCUUUGGAGAAUAAAAUGAGAUUUUUAUCUUUGCUUACAUAUGGGGAAUUCAGCAUCUUGCAACUUCAGCAAGCAAUACUUACGGUUUGUAAAGGGCUUGUUCUGGGGGUCUUGCUCACCCAGGUACCACCAGGAAUGUUCAGGGUGACAAGCUCCAUAAAUAACAUCCUUCUGCAUGCUGUGAGCUCCCAGGCAGGUAGUAAGGAGCUAGCCUGGAAUUUGGCUAACCUCAUCAGCACUGCCUUAAUUUGUGCAUCUCUUCCUUGAAUGUACUUCACUGUGCUCCAGCAAGGAUGACCCACGAGCGCAGUGGCAGCAGCAGUGCAAGUUUUUAAAUAUCCAGUUUAUUCUUCUGACAGCCCUUGGGGGUUUUUGUCUUAUUUCCAGAGCAAAAAUUUUCCUCCUUAGUCCUGUCCCCUCCUUCUCUUCUCACCUUUCUUCUUGGGAAACUGUUUGGGUUGAUCUUGGGGAAAGAUCAGUUCUUAGGCAAAUGGGCAUUUUUUUUUCCCAAAAAAAAGAUGCAUUAUUUUUUUCAGGCAAAGCCCCUCUGGCUCAUACAGCUUUUUUCUCUCCUUCCAAAAAAAUCCCAGCUUUCUAUCUUGGAAUUUGAACUGUUUUCUACGUGCCUUGAUUCCUUGAUGACACCCCGCCCCUGCAAGUGUUACAGGCCAGGUUGGAUGAUGUUUGGAACAACCUGGUCUAGGGAGUGUCCCUGUGGAAUUGGAUGACCUUUAUUGUCCCUUCCAACCCAAACCAUCCAGGAUUCUACAAGCUCUCCACUCUUUAACUGGAGCAGGUCAAAGAGAUCCCAGACAAAGAGCCCUGGAAGUCUGGAUCACUCUGCUUUGUUAUCAUUGUUCACCAAGUAAAAUUAGGUUUACCUGGAGACAUUCCGGAAGUUUCAGUAAGACUGGAAAUGUAGAUGGAUAUAAACUUCCCAUGAGCUUUGCCUCCAACAAGGCAGCAAUGAGCGAGACACGAACAGGUUAAAAUCUGCCAUCAAAAUGACUGAAACAGAAUUUUCAGCUCAGCUUUCUGAUGACUCUUAACUCACCAGUUUCUCUGAAAAAUGAUGAGAUGAAAUCUUGUCCACUUUUUCUCUUGAUAAAGGUCAUUCAUUUGUACUGUAAUGAGACACAGACAUUAAUAACAAUAAUUUUUAAAAACCCCUAAGCCAGUAAGAGGUGCUGGGAGCCUGCCAGGAUUUAUUGAACCCAGCUACAUAACGUGGCAAUGUGGAGCUGGAAACACAGAGAUGGUUUCAGGGCAGAGAAUCAAACAACAGCCAGGGAAGGACUGGAUUUGUUCUCUCCACUCACUCUGGGGGACUGGAGUAGGAGCUGGAGGACCAGGAUGAUUAAGGAUGGCAGAGAAAAGCACAAACUGCAGCAAAGAGAGGCCUCUGGGUGUGUUUUGGGAGGAGAAUGAGAGAUGGGAGAAGUUUGGGAAGGUCAGGGGUUGGGGAGGGAUGCAUGAGAGUAGGAGGAAAAAUACUGAGGGUGAAGGAGGAGAAAUUUGGAAUCUGGAUCUCCCAGCAUGGCUGGAAUCUGCCUGGAGGGCUGUGCUGGAGACACAGGGCAGGACAGGGCAGAGCUCAGGCUCAGAGGAGGUGGCAGGGACUGGUGACAUCCACAGGCACCUCAGAGUGAGCUGGAUCUCACACUGAGCCCCCCUUUCCCAGAGCUCUGGAAGCAGGGACCCUCUGCCCCCAGUUUCCAGGGAGGAGCGCAGUGGGAAUUAGGGGACUUUCCUUGGAGUUCUCCCUCCAAGCAUGGAUUUGAGGAGUCUAGAUCUCAACUGCUCACUGAAAUAGAGCUUGGGAGGUUCAUCAGGAACCCUUGCUGCAGGGGCUGAGCUCUCUGGCUGGAUUUGAGGUCUUCAUUAGGGCAAAGACAUCCUUUUCCUUAGUAGAUGCUUUCCCAAGAAAGCCUUCCUAACAAUGCCCUAACAUUUCCAAUGUUAAAACAGCAAACCAGCAUUCCUUAUAGGACAGCUCCUGUUUUUUGGGUUUUGUUGUUGUUUCUUUUUUUUUAAAUUCUUAAAAAAAAAAAAAGAAAUCAAUCACUCAAAAAGAACAAUUUUUUUUUCCUUGUGUAUUCUACCACUCAAUAAAAUCAUAACUAUUUGUUGACCAUACAAA